CAAAGUCAAAUCUUAAAUGUCAAAUUAAUCCAAUCCAAAACAGAACUAGAAAAUAGUAUUAUGUUACAGAGUGAAAUACAAAUUAAUAUCCACUUGUUUUAAUUAAAUUGAAAGUAAAAUGAGUGCACCAUUUACAGAGCUGCCGAAUCCCAUUAGCGAAUAUUCGCUUAUGUGCCGGGGCUGCCUGGCAGAUUCGGGGGAAAUGAAAAACAUCGUCGAAUGGGGAUUAGUUGACGAGUUUUACAAGUGUACUGAUAUUGAGGUGUCAAAUCUGGACGGUCUAUCUCAGUUGCUGUGCGUCUCGUGCGAGGAGACCCUGACCUCCUGCAUGCGGUUCCGGGAGCGGUGUCAGCGUACCGACAUUGCGCUGAAAAACAAAUUGCAGAAUGAAGAAGAAUCAGCAAAAGAAGCAGUUCAACAGGAAAAGGAAAUGGAAAACACAGCGGUGUGUGUACAACAUGACAAAAAGUUAGUCUUCAUGAUAACAGCGCCGGAUAUGGACGCGAAAAUCUACCUAAACUGCCCUUACGAUUGUCGAGAAAAAUUCCAGAAGAAAAAAGACUUAUUUUACCACCUCCUCAAAACGCAUCAAGUUGAUAAAAAAUGUUAUAUAGAUUUGCAAUAUUAUUGUUCUCAUCCAAAUUGUCAUUAUCAUGUGAGCAAAGAAAAAAAAUAUUUUACCGGCCGGAAAUAUUUGAAUCAACAUUACAAUAAAGUGCAUAAAAGCAAAGACAUUAAAUGCGAAAAGUGCAAUAGUAGUUUUAUUAACACUGCCAAUUUUUAUAAGCAUUUAGAAACAUGUAAUGUUGUUUAUUCGUGUCAGAUAUGCAAUAAAUAUUAUAAAGUGCACGAACAAUUAAUCGUUCAUUUGAUGAGGAGACAUCCGGACGUCCAUAAACAAUACAAAGAGAGUCGAGCGUUGAAAAGAAAGUUGGAUUCGAAUUUCGAAAAUAAAAAAAAACAAAAGACCGAAGCGGAAAAAUUGAACGAGUACCUCUGUGACAGUCCCAAGCGUUCGUCGGCGACGCAAACUUCGAAAUUGGAAGACAAUUUGAAAAAUGACGUUUGCUUUUGGAAGAACGACAAUUAUGAGACAAAAACAGACGAGAUAUCGACUCAGACUGUGUUCGAAGAUUUGUUGUCUUUAAAAUCGGUCACGAGUGAGGACGACUCGAUAUUUUUCUCGGAAACAGUGUCGCUAUCAGAUAUUCAGACUCAGACGUUACCCAUAGACUUUGGUCGUUCAAACAAGGAGACUCUGACUGAGAUUAAAUACCCUGAUUUCACGAUUAAGGAGACUCAGACGUGCUGUUGUUUGGAUUCGCCAAAAUUGUUGAAUAUGGGCGACGGUGUGUCGAAAUCGACAGAGACACAAACAGCUGACAAAAUGAUAGUUAAGUCGGAUGUUUUAUUAAGUUGUUCAACGGAAACCCAGACUUACUUCGAUGGGGAUUUUGAUAAGAACAGUUUGUGAUAUUGGCAGCAAUUUUUGUAAGACAGGUUUGUUUAUGCCUGUGCCUUGUGGUUCUCGGUGCUUAAGCGUGUCGUGAAAAGGAACAAGGCGAUGGAAUAUAUCUAUACUAAUAUUACAAAGCUUUGUUUGUUUGAACGCGCUAAUUUCAGGAAGUACUGGUUCAAAUAGACAAAAUUAUUUUUGCCUUAAAUAGACCAUUUGUCGAAGAAGGCUUUAGGCUAUAUAACAUCACGCUGCAACUGUAAGGAGCAAAAAAAAUAAUGGAAAAUGUGAAAAAGUCGGGGAAAAUUAUUCAUCCUUGAGGGCUUUACCGAUUCCCAAAAUAACUAUUCCACGCGGACGAAGUUGCGGGCACAGUACAUAAUAAAUAAAUAUGUACGAAAAAUAAUGUAAUAAAUAGAUAUUUAUGAUUUGGCCCGAUCUAUCUAUAGAGCUUAAUUCUAUCCAUAGAGUUUAUCAAAUUUAUAGUACAUACAUAAUGUGUUAUAACAUGUACUUUUAGAUAGUUGGCAACCCAAUACCUAAUUUAAUUAAUUUGUGCAUAAUCUAUUUAUUACGUAAUAAUAUAAGUAUAAUAAAACGUCAUAAUAUCUAUGUGUUAAUUACAUAGCUUUUUAGUCUUUUCAAAUCUGUUGGCUCUGCCUACCCCGCAAGAGAUAUAGACGUGAUUAUAUGUGUGUAUUAUUUUAUUUAUUAAUUGAAGGCAUCGCAUCGCUUAAGUAAUUUAAAAUAACUGUUUUUUAGUAAAAUUUUUAAUAAGACUAAGUACUAACUA